CUCUUGCGUCACCCUCCCUCCCACCCUCCCUAUCCCACCCCUCUAGGUGGUCACAAAGCACCGAGCUGAUCUCCCUGUGCUAUGCGGCUACUUCCCACUAGCUAGCUAUUUUACUUUUGGUAGUGUAUAUAUGUCCAUGCCACUCUCUCACUUUUUCCCAGCUUACCCUUCCCCCUCCCCGUAUCCUCAAGUCCAUUCUCUAGUAGGUCUGCAUCUUUAUUCCCAUCUUGCCCCUAGGUUCUUCUGACCAUUUUCCUUUUUCUUUUUUUAGAUUCCAUAUAUAUGUGUUAGCAUAUGGUAUUUGUUUUUCUCCUUCUGACUUACUUCACUCUGUAUGACAGACUCUAGGUCCAUCCACCUCACUACAAAUAACUCAGUUUCGUUCCUUUUUAUGGCUGAGUAAUAUUCCAUUGUAUAUAUGUGCCACAUCUUCUUUAUCCAUGCAUCUGUUGAUGGACACUUAGGUUGCUUCCAUGUCCUGCCUAUUAUAAAUAGACCUGCGAUGAACAUUUUGGUGAACUUUUAAAGAGAUGGACCACACCCUUAAAGAUUAUCCAGUUUAACUCCUUCCUCUAACAUCUCUACUAUUUGGGGAAACCAAGGCCAGAUAGAGGAGAAGAUACGCAGUUAAGAUACGUUGGAGCUGGACAGUCCUGCGUUCAAAUCUCUACUCCAUUACUUGCUGGUUGUGUGACCUUGGGCAAAUCACUUCAUCUCUCCGAGUCUCAGUCCUUCCAUCUGCAAAAUGGGGUGUGAUAGCCAGUCUCCAAGAUGGCCUCCAAUGACCCCUACCUCCUGGUAUUUACACCCUUUAUCAAUCUCCUUCCACAUUGUACCAGGCUUGGUCUGUGUGACCAACAAAACAUGGCAAAGGGAUGGUAUUCAAUUCCAAGGCUAGGAUAUUAGGUUAUUAAAGAUGCUGAGACUCUGUCUUGGGUUUCUCUUUCUCUGUCUCUGUCUCUUUCUCCCUUUCUUCUUCUCUCUCUCUUUCUCUUAUCACUAGCUCUGGGGGAAGCCAACUGCCUUGUCCUGAGACCACUCAGGCAGGAUAUGGAGAUGCCCACGCGGUGAGGAAAUGAGGCCUCCCAACAGCCAUGUGGAUGAGCCUAGAAGUGGAUUCUCCAGGCCCAGGCAGGCCUUGAGAUGAGACAGCUGUCCUCACUGACAGCCUGCAUGCAACCUCAUGGGAGACCCAGAGCCAUCCAGCUAAGCUGCUCUCAGAUUCCUGACCCUCUGAAGCUGCAUGAGAUAAUCAGUGUUUGUCAUUUUAAGCUGUGAAGUUGUGGGGUAACCUGGUACACAGUAGUGGGUGGCCCUGCUUGGCCAUACAUCCUUGAGGAGCUGAAUCUAGCAGACCUCUCCCACCUCUGCCUCCGCCAUGGCUGCAAGAACCAUCGUCAUCGACCACGGGUCUGGAUUUCUGAAGGCUGGCUUGUCGGGGUUCAAUGAGCCCCAGAUGGUUUUCCCGAGCAUCGUGAACUACAUCCCUUGCAGGGAGAACCCCGGCCCCAGCUAUGCCCGGCGGCGCGUGAGCCUAGGCAUCGAUAUUUGCCGUCCCGACACCUUUAGCUACCCCAUCCACCGUGGCCGUGUCCUCAACUGGGAGGGUGUGGAGCACAUCUGGUCAUUUGUCCUAGAGAAACACAGGCUGAAGAAUGAGGACUCCCCUGUGAUGGUCACAGAGUUCCCCCUGAGGGAGCCUGCGGACCGUCAGAAGACCCUGGAGAUUAUGUUUGAGUUACUGGAUGUCCCAUCCAUCCUCCUGGCUGACCAGCUGGAGAUGUCCCUGUAUGCCUCUGGCCUCCUGACCGGCGUGGUGGUAGAUUCAGGCUACGGCCUGACCCGCGUGCAGCCUUUCCAUCUGGGCUGCCCCUUACGGUCCAGUGCUAAGAUGCUGGAGUUUGCAGGCCAGGAUCUGUCAGCCUAUCUCUUCAAGAGCCUCUUUAAGGAAGAUUACAAUCGACACAACCUGUUUCAGCUGGAUACGGUGGCCACCACUCAGAUGACCAAGUGCUACGUGCCACAGAAUCUGGGGGAGGCACUGGACUUUUGUCAGAGCCUGCCGAGAGGCUCCGAUGAGAAUAACACCUAUCAGCUCCCGGAUGGCACCCCCGUGGAGCUGACCCCCAUGCAGCGGCUGGCUCCUGAGAUGUUCUUCAGCCCCGAGGUGUUCGACCUGCAAGGGCCCAGCAUCUCCCAGGCCGUCCUGGAUUCCAUCGAGACCUGUGAGGCCUCCAUGCACCCGCUGCUCGUCUCCCACCUGAUGGCCUGCGGGGGCAACACCCUCUAUCCUGGCUUCACCAAGCGUCUGUACAGGCUGGUCGCUGAUCAUUUCUCCUCCACCAAGGCCACCAUGUGGGUGGGUUCCAACAGGAAUUUUAGUGUUUGGCUAGGAGCGUCUGUGGUGGCUCAUCUGUCGACUUACAAGUCCAAGUGGGUGACCAAAGAGGAGUAUGAUGAGAGUUUAAAGCUGUGACGGGCUGGCUUGCUCCUGGAACCCAGCUCCCAUCAGAUGGGCAUGGGUUGAUUCAUUUCAGCAAAAGGGGGCUGGGCAGGGAUGGGGUUAGCUGGCUUUGGAAUUCAAAGGUCCUGAGGGAUUUUUUUUAGGUUCUAGGGUUUUAUCUUGUUUCAGGAGUGGGAUCCAACCCAUGGGAGAACAGGGUGUCAUCCCUGGAAAUCUUCCAGGGGGGUGGUCUGUCACUGGGAUGGGAGCGGCCAGCUGCCAUCUCCAUGCUUAAUAGCUACUUAUUCGUCCUGGCAUCUCCCUUGGGUUGUCCCAUUCUUUUGGUUGAGUAGGUUUUAACG